AUGGCCGAAGUUAACGUUGGUUUUAGUCAAGAAGACGAAAKUCCUCUUAACUUGCACAGCUUGUUUUCAGAGCAAGCAAAAAAGUUUCCGGACAACAUUGCUGUUGAGUACGAAUCUGAGGAUUAUAGUUAUUCAUACCUCGAUGGAAGAAGCAAUCAGUUGGCGAGAUUUCUUGUGGAAAAGUUUCCUAUUCAAACUGAGAGUGUUGUAGCGAUUUUGCUUCCUCGCUCUCUAGAGUUGUACCUCACCAUGCUUGGUGUGUUAAAGACAGGAGCAGCGUAUGUGUGUAUUGACCCACAACACCAGAUAAGCAGGCUUGAUUAUAUUUUAAAAGACACGAAAGCAGUGUUGCUGGUUACAACAGAGGAURUCCAAAAAGAACUAGGCGUAGAGCCUGAGGAUACAAGUGUCAUUGACAUCAAGAGUGCUUUAGUUAACAAAGAUAUCGAGUCAUUCAGUGCAGAUCCGUUGAACAUCCAAGURAAAUCUUCAAAUCUUUGCUAUAUCAUCUAUACAUCUGGAUCCACCGGCAACCCAAAAGGCGUAGAGAUCGAACACAGAACUGUAUUGAAUUUUAUAGACGCUGAGUUGGAGAUUUACCCUGUUUGUACGAGUGACAGAAUUCUGCAGGGGUUUUCUCCAAGUUUUGAUGCUUCAAUAGAAGAGAUUUGGCUUGCCUUCAGUACAGGUAAGAAACUAUACACAGUCUUCUCGACUGUGCCUACCCUACUGAGGACUCUAGAUGUCACAAGUAUAAAUCUACAUCGCUUGAGAAUUUUGAUUCUGGGAGGAGAGGCUUGUGGAGAAGAUUUGAUACCGUGGGGGGAGGGGAGAAUGCUUGUCAAUUCSUACGGUCCUACGGAGACAACAGUGGUAGCUACCGCUUGUGUUGUGGAGAAGGGAAAGAUGAUUACCAUUGGAAAACCGCUGAAAAACUACGUGGCUUGGGUGCUGAACGACAAGCUAGAAGAAGUACCGAAAGGUCAGGAAGGAGAACUGUGUAUCGGGGGAAAAUGCUUAGCAAGGGGAUACAGGAACUUGCCUGAUAAGACGAGUCAACAAUUUAUCCUUCACCAGGUAUACGGGAAAAUAUACCGAACCGGGGACUUGGUACGGUACACUGACGAUGGGGAGUUGGAGUACCUUGGAAGAAUCGAUGAUCAGGUCAAGAUUCGAGGCUUCAGAGUCGAAGCCAGUAGUAUUGAAACACACGUACAAAGACAAGACAAUGUCAAGAUGGCGGCUGUAGUGGUAAGGUCAUCAUCACCAGGGCAACAGUCUGUCAUAGCACACAUCACCCUUGAAGAUAAAGCUAAAGGGUUUGACCCACUCGCUGCUGUGACCAACAUAAAGGCAUCCCUACCGGACUACAUGGUACCUAAUGGUUACGUCAUCCAUGACGUCAUGCCCACAMUGGCYAGCGGUAAAGUAGACAAGAAGAAGCUUAAAACCCUGGAAUCUGAAAUACAACCAUUCAGGGCAAGCAGYAAYUAUAAAGCUCCUCGUAACGACACGGAAARGAUGRUAUCUGAKRUCUGGCAAASGAACYUURGCUGYCCAAGGAUUUCUAUCGAGGAAAAUUUCUUUGAUCUUGGAGGWCAUUCGGUCAUUGCWGCKAUGGUCGUAAGUGAGYUGAGGMGGAGAGGKAGUGAUAUAUCUGUAAGAGAUCUCUACCUUCAUCCAACCAUUGAAUCUCUAUCGGAAUUCAUCAUAUCCAAAGCCUCUUCAACCCAGUCAGAUCACGUGACAAUCCACAUCCCURCUGCACCAAGAAUUGGAAAGCCACACUUCUAYCUUUGUGGUAUACUUCAAGGUUUAUGGCUUCUUCUGAUGCUAACCACKUMCAYCACCUUUSUGAUGUUCCUGUUUUUAACGUUCCUCGACGUAUACGWSYUCAUCUACACGASUAUUGGCAUCCAAGGAAUCACGUGGCUGUUGCUAUGUCUUCUGUUGCUAUCAAUACCGCUGUACAUCGCCUACACUAUGUUGGUGGCCUUCAUUAUCAAGAAGAUUUUUCUUGGUAGCGUGGAGCCUGGGAUCUAUGCGCUGUGGAGCAUGUAUUAUCUGAGAUGGUGGAUUGUGAAGUCGGCAAUGUCUAUGGUCCCCACUUACCUCGUUUCUGGUACACCACUGAUGCCUCUUUUUGCCAGACUGAUGGGAGCACGGAUAGGAUCUGGCGUCUACUACAACACCUAUUCUAUCUGUGAUUUUGACCUGCUAGAGGUUGGAUCUGGUGUGAGUAUCGAGGACCACGUGUCACUUGAUACUCACCGGAUCGACAGAGGAACAUUGUUUCUGGGACGUAUCAUCAUUGAARAYAACUGCUCCAUUGGUGCAAGAUCGUCUAUCGCAUUCAACAGUACAAUCAAAAGAAAUACACACGUCGAACCGCUGACCUUAGUGACUGACAACAGUAAGAUUGAGGAGAAUUCCCACGUUCAUGGCUCCCCGGCUACGAUCAUUACGAAGAAAACCAGUGAAAAGUUCUAUAAACAAAAACAAUGGUCCUGGUCACGUUGGGUUACCUGUGGUCAAGUAGGSUUCCUUGCUUUGUAUGGCGUCGUGUUUGCAGUUCCGUAUGUUCUGGUUGUCGUGGUGAUCCUGGCUGUGCCAUAUCUUAAAGAUGCCUUUGGUAACCUUAGAGUAGAUGUCAUUGCCAUGGUGAUUCCAAUCAUUGCAGUCUUCAGUCAAACAACAAAUCUUCUCUUGACCGCUGUCUUAAAAUGGCUGUUCGUUCGUCGCCUCAAAGAAGGGAYUUUCUCCAUUAACUCUUCUACAUUCCUUCGUUACUGGAUACAGSAAAGAAUCAUUAUCAUAGUCCUAGAAUCAAGUAAAGAGCUCUUUKCUACUCUMUACACCAAUCUAUGGUUAAAAACCUUAGGAGUGAAAGUCGGGCCACAUGUAGAAGUMUCAACGGCCUUCAACUUUGUGCCAGACUUAUUGGAGCUGAAAGAAGGAAGCUUUGUCGCUGAUCACGUAUCAUUAGGUGGUGCUGUUUUCAAAGACGGUCACUUUUCCCUCACAAAGACAGAAGCAGACCUGAUAGAGAUAGGAGAUGAUUCGUGUAUAGCCGCUCGAACCACUAUCCAAUCACAUCUAUUUGAAGAUCGAGUCAUGAAGAUGGACAGACUGAUCAUUGGUAAUGAGUGUACUGUUUGUGGCAACUGUAUCGUUCUCUAUGGCGCUAAAAUUGAAGACCGCUGUACACUUAUGCCUUUAUCGCUUUGCAUGAAGUCGGAGAAUCUUAAACACACCGCAGUGUAUUGUGGGAUACCUGCCAGGGAAGUGACGGCCUCGUUGCAUCAUGGGUAUCAUAUUGAAUUGCAUCUGUCUUCRAAACAGCAAAAGAAGUUUUUAUGGGAGGGCACAGGCAAAGUUCAAAUGACGCGGUAUAAGAAACUGGAACUAUGCUAGCUCUUUCAAUUUGGGGGCAAUGUUGUCGCAUUACAGUGAAAAGUGACACUAGAGAAGGUUCUGUAAUGGAAACUAAAAUACUAUCCUCUUUGUCUUGAGCGUAAUGUUUUCCCAUUUCAGUCCACGUGUCAUUGUCUUGAGAAUAAGAUUCUAUGUAUGAGUCGUAUCCAUAUUCAUGUGUCUUCUCAUGUGCAACCGUUAAACAAAUAAAUGAUGCUCUACGGAAUGACAGGUGGUCUGAAAUGGGAAAGCAUUACGCCCAAGAUGAAGAGAUCUAUUGGAAAUCUUUCAGUUGAUAUUUUUAAUGAUUUUUAAUCUAGAGGAUUACGACAUUUUUUAUAGCACUUUGAGGCGACUUUGAAAUUAGAAUAUUUUCAGUUGUCUUAGCCAAAAAAGGCGAUAUGAGAUACGUCACUCCCAAGAUACAAGAAUAGCUGGAAAGAGUUAAGUUUCUAAUUGUUAUUCUCGUCAAGAUCACGGAUGUUACUUGUUGUUAAAGCCGACAAAACUAUUUUAAGCACCUCAAUCGUGCUCAAAAUCGUUAUGCCCAAAAUCGUUCUCCAGCGUCUUGUAAUGAACUAUCGCCUAUCGGCUUUGAAAUAAGAUCUUUUUACUUGUUUUCCCUAACUUGUUUAUGUUUCACAAUGCACCAGCUGUUUCGUAUUCGAUGCAAACCGCUGUUUUUGAAGAACACAGACUCAUUUGCACAGGCUUAGUGGGUAUAGCUCAUCUAUUCACAGAUACCAUUUGAAGUCUGUGGGAUUACAAACAUUGGUAUUGUUAAAGAUGCAAAUUCUUU